AUGAUGUCCUCUACAAACGAAGAGGACCCUUUCCUUCAAGUCCAAGCCGACGUCCUUCAAGCCCUCUCGACCACCCGGCCCCUCUUCACCUCCUACCUACGCAUCCGCGCCCUACCCACCUCCUCCAGCACGCCCUCCCCGGAGCUCCUCUCCGCGCAAUCGGAGCUCAAAGCCGCGCUUGCCUCCCUCGCCGAGGAUCUCGCAGACCUCGUCGAGAGUGUGCAAGCGGUGCAGAGCGACCCGUACCGCUUCGGCCUCGAGAUUGAGGAGGUCGCGCGGCGGAAGCGGCUUGUGGACGAGGUGGGCGGCGAGGUAGAGGACAUGCGGGAGGAGCUGGCCAAGACGCCCAACACCGCGGGUAAUUUCUCAAAUGAGCAUCCGGGUAGUGACAGCAAGAGGAGAGGGGGAGGCAGGGCCGGGUCCAGGUCUAGGUCCAGAUCCAGGCCGCCGUCGCCGGACUACAACGCGGCGUUCGAGCAGCAGCAGCAGCUGGCCAUGCUGGCGGAGCAGGACCGAGACCUCGACGGUGUGUUCCGCACGGUGGGAAACCUGCGGCAGCAGGCGGACCACAUGGGGCGGGAGCUAGAGGAGCAAGCCGAGAUGCUGUCGGUGGUAGACGGGCUGGCGGAUCGCGUGGGGGGCAGGCUGCAGACGGGCAUGAAGCGGAUGGGCGAGGUGGUAAGGGCGAACGAGGAUGGGCUGAGCAGUUGCUGCAUCGCGGUGCUGAUCUUUGUUCUGAUUCUCCUGCUGGUGCUUGUCCUUAUCUUGUGA